AUGUUUGUUAAGAUCCAGAAACGUGCCCUCUGGAAUUCCAACUUGAUAGGUGCGAAUGUUCCGGACUCACAAAGACCCACUCACUCUAAUCCAAUAAUCUUGCCUAGGAAAAAUGACACAUCAGAUCAUCAAUUUUGUCAAUUACUUCGCAGCCAAUAUCCCAUAAUCGACAGUGCAGACGGCGAUAUGGAUAUUGCAUACACUUUGAUGGUUCACAGGGAUAUCAAGCAAAUAGCAAGACUUCUUCGAAUGAUCUAUCGUGGAAACAACUACUAUUGCAUUCAUACUGAUGCCAGAUCAAGUGAGGAAUUCGUGAAAGGUCUUGAGACACUGAUUUCAUGUUUCGGAUCCAAUGUUGAACUGGUUCCAAGGAGCAGACGUAUCGCGGUGACAUGGGGAGAUGAGACCGUUCUGUUGCCCCAGUUUAUCUGUGCAGAGCAGGCCCUACAAAGACACUCAACAUGGAGAUAUCUCAUUAAUAUUGUAGGUCAGGAGUUCCCUCUUAAAACAAAUCUGGAAAUUAUUGCCGCAUUAAAAGCUUUAAAUGGAUCCAACCUUGUGGAAGGUUUGCCUCUUGGUAGGCAUAUUAGACGUACAGAAAACAAAAGUUUGCCUUUGAAUGCAACUUGGAUUAAAGGAUCAGUAUAUGGAGCCUUCAGAAGGGACUUCCUGAAAAGGACAGUGUUGGACAAAAGCAUGAGCAGUAUUCGUGAUUUUAUAAUGCAACCGAAAAUGUUCAUCAAUCCCGAUGAAUUUUACUUCAGCACAUUAAAUUACAAUCCACAUCUCAAACUUCCUGGGUCAUGUUUGACGUUCCCCGUACCUCCUCAUGAAAAUCAGAUGGGAUUUUUGGCGAAAUAUGUUAUCUGGAGAGGAUACCCUACACCCUGUACUACUAAGUUCGUUCGAGAUGUUUGCAUUUUAGGGAAUCCUCAGGUGGAGAACUUAAAGAAGGCACCACAUUUGUUUGCAAACAAGUUUCAUGCUAACUACCACCCAGAAGCCUACGAUGAACUAGAACGGUGGUAUUUCGAUCGAGUCAGAAGGGAGCGUGAGACAGGUUCGUAUGACAUGGAGUCAUUUGAUCCAAGUAUUUAUGCCAAUCGCACUUGUUCCCGUCUCCAUCAAUAA